CUAGACAAUGUAAACAAACGUAUGUUUGCGUUGAGAGAAAUUCUUCGUGGACAAACGGCCAUGGACACCGACGAACAGCAAACGGAAAAGCGCGCUGUAGAAGAAAAAGGCACCGCGUUCGCAAUCAACAAAGUUCACGUGAGGUCGGGGAAAUCAUUUUUCGACGGCUGCGAGCGUUGGCAAAAAUGUUUCACUUCGCUGCCUAUAAUUUCGGACAAACCGGCCAAAUACAUGCCGAUGCCGUACACUUUCAGGUUACCCCCAGGUCCCAAAUCCUCACGCGUCGACACCAUCAGUGCCAGAAACAUCCCGUUCCAUUUAUGGCUGGACCACACGAUAGCAGUCGUGUGGAUGCUUUUUUCCGAACAGGAAUACGAUUGUCCUUUAGGAGCGGCCCAGCUUCAAUGGGCUUUAGCUUUCCUAAAAUCGAUUUUCUCGAAGAACGGCGACAGGCCGAAGGACGUGGAACUGUGUGUCGAAAAAAUAGAGUCCAAGUUGAUUGAUGAAUACGCGAUGUUGUGUUCCGAACUGUCGAAAAUGAACAAAAUCGAGAAGAUUCGCGUCGUGCCCCGUACGACGGUCGUCAAAAAGUUCGCGUUUUCGAAGAACUACGCGGAUCUAGCCUCGAAAUUGGGUGCGAAAAUGGCGGUACGCGUGUCGUCGACGCGGUCGAUCGAGGAAGAGUUGGAGAAACUGAAAAUGGCUGCUGACGCGGAGCAUUUGGAAAUGCUCGAUUCCGUGUCGAAGGAGAGGGCGAUCGACAUAUUAAAGUGUUGGCACAAGGAGCAGACGUCGAAAGUGAAGGACGAGAUACAGAAACUGAAGUAUAUAGAGGAAAAACUAAACGAAGGAAAUCAGAUUGAGUGGGAUACGGAAAUGUUACGUUAUCAGGAUGAAUGAGUUUGGUUAUAUCAUUAAAUCGUAUAAUAAAUUAUAUAGGUCGUAGAGUUUGCUAAACUCAAGGGGAUAUAAUAAUUUCUGCAUUUGUUCUUUGUUUUGUUCCUUAAUGCUACAGACUUAUGCAUCGUUAUUGAAAUGUAAAACUUAAUCCUAAUCGUAUUCAACGUGCCUUAAAAUUACAA